AGAAUUGAUCGUGUUUAGUGUGUUCGAUUCGGUUAUCAUUAAAUUACCAUCUUGAUGCUUAUGAUAAUAGCUAUCAUCCAUCAUCAUUAAUUAUUGAUUUGAAAAUUUUUUUGAAUUAAUUUUGUUCAUUUUUAUAUUCAAUUAUAUUCUUUUUUACAAAUCAAUCAGAACAAUGUCUGAUCUAAUGACAACAUUGCCAUCAUCUACUGAUCUGAAUACAUCUUCAUUGAAUAAUUCAGAAGAUAAAAAAGAUUCCAUAUUGCAACUAUUUCAAUAUGAUCUUGAUCGUCAUCGUAUGCGUGAAGUAUGGGACAUGUUUAAUCGUGUUGUUGUCACCGAAAUACAUAAUAAUGGUUCAUAUAUUGUAUGGGAUUUAGUACCGAUUAUAUGUCAACGUCUUCGUGGCUUAAGUGAAUUUCGUUUUAAAACAUUUAGCAUGUGUCGACAAAUUUUGCUUGACCUGUGUGAAAUUUGUAAUCCAAAAGAGCUUUUGAUCAUUUAUUUAUCAGAGCUUGAAAAUGAUUUAAAUAUAACCAGGUAUUCAAAACGUAAAGAUUCUAAUCAAGAACAAACAUCAUCAUCCAGGACUACGAAUGAUGAUAAUGAAAAUGAAGAUGAUGUCGUCGACAUAGAAAUAACCGAUAGUAAUUGUUUCAAAGCAUUACUCAAGCCGUUUGAAGUGAUUUUAUUAAAAUUACCGAAAAAACGAAAUGAAACUUUGAAAUCAGUGCUGAGUUCACUGAACGAACACAUAAGUAGGUUAUCAUUAAGUUCGAUAACCAAAUUCAACCCAGAAACAGAUGAUCGUUUUAAAUUGAUGCUUGAUCCGGUGGUAAAUAAUCUAAAUUCUGUACUGUCAAUGUAUGUGGAUUUUCUCGAAACAUUUGUCAAAGAGGUUGACUUAUAUAAUCCAACCACUAAUCAUCAGCAUCAAACAAAUAUUCAUUCGAAAACAUCAGAUCCAAAUAUACAACGUAUAAUAUUAUUAAAAACAUUGUUACUAAUGCUUGAAUACCCGCUUAAAUAUAUGGAUCUUUAUCGAGUUAGUGGCAAAGAAAGUAUCAUUCAAGACAUUAAACAAGCAGGUACAAAUCUAUCGGCAUUGUUUAAUGAAGAUUUUAUUACAAGUCGAAUGAUUGCCGUUAAAAUUGUACGGCUAAUAUCAUCAUUGCAUUCAAAUUUUUACACAUUAUUGUCACGUACCGAUCUAAUAACAUCGUCUGAAGAUGUGGAAUCGAAUUCCGAUUGUUCUGAUGUUUAUCUAUCACAAACAAAUUUCCAAUCAGCUAUGUCUAUUCUGAGCUAUCUGUUAGCCACCGAAUCUGAGCUUUCUCCUUCGAACUUUAUGCCACGUGUCUACACACAUGUAUAUAAUCUUGGAAUACAUCUGCCAUACAUAAGAAAUCUGGUGGAAGAUCAGCAAUUUUUUGUUUACGAAAAAGGUCUUUAUCUGUUAGCAGCAAUGUUAGCACCUAUUAAAGAAGAAAGUUUAGAGGCAAAUUUUCUUGAUCUUCUUCGUCAACAUCCGAUCGAAAAAUCAUUAACAUCUAUCAUGGUAUUCGCCUUGGAUAAGCAUAGCCGUACGACAGCAUUAUUCUUAUUCAAACAAUUAGUAAAUUGUUUUGAACCACUUGGACGUUAUAAGAUUCUUUAUCCAAUAUUAUCACAACCACGACAACAUGCCGGAUUUCAAAGCGUAGCCAUUCAAAUGUAUAAAGAUUUUGUAUUCGAAAAUCAAGUUUAUCAGGGAAACAAUCUGCAUCGAAUGAUUAGAUCUGUUAUUAGUGUUGCAUUACCUCAAGAUGCCAAUUCGGAUUUACUCGAAAGAAAUGAUCUAAUAUUUGGUUUAUUGAAUUUUCUUCGCUACAUUAUGAUUCGUGAUCCACGUCAUCAGAACCAUACACGUUUCUGGGAUAUAAUUAUCGUUAUACAGGAAAAUUUCUUGAAACCACUACAGGAGGCAUUAGAAUUAUCACGGAUUAGUUGUAAAUUGGAGCUAUGUAAAUUGAAAGAGAUGAAAUUGAAAAUGAACAAAAAUGAUCAACAGCAACCGACAGGCAAAGGAAAUAAGAAGAAAAAAGGACAAAAUCAAUCAUCAUCAGCCGAUACAUCGGUUGUCAUUUAUCCGAAUGAAAAGCCAAUAAAAUUACCAGAAAUGACCAUCGAACAGGAACAUAAACAAAUCAUGCUUGCAUUACAGAAUUUCGAUCUAAUCGAAAGUAUUCACACAAGACUUAAAGAAAUUAUUGAUGAACAGCCACAAUCACAAUAGAGAAAUUUAGUCACAUUUAUAGCAUUGAGCGCAAAAUUAUAAAAAUGGAAAAUUUUUUAUUGUUGGUGAUUUUUUUUUCUUUUUCGUCAUUAUGAGCUACCCC